AUGUCGAGCCAAGAUGGAGUCAACAACCAGUCCUUGGAGCACCAAUCCGAGACUGAGAAUGGGCGUGGACGAGGCACAGACCUCGGUCCCACGACACGAGCUAGAGCACGCGCAACCGAGGCCCAAGCGGGAACCGUAGAAGCACGUCUGCGGGCUCUUGAGGAGGCCGAGGUUGAGCAAGACGCACGCACGGAUGGUCUUGAGCAGGAGAUCUCCGCUGUGAGUGAGUCGACCAAGCAUGUCCUAGACAACUUGGAGCAGCAAGCCCGAGCCGAUAGAGACAUGACCGACGAAAACUUUCGUCUUGUUCGUGAGAACCACGACCGCGAGGUAGGUGAUCUACGUACCCUAGUCCAUAAUCUAACUCGUGAAUGCAGGUCCCUUCGUGAGAUGGUGCAACAAGCCCCUGUCCAUGACCGAGACCAUGCACCGAGGGAGCAAGUCAUCCGCGGACCCGAGCCAAAGCCAUACAAUGGAGCGAGGAACUCUUCUACGGUAGAAUCUUUUCUCUUUAGUAUGGAACAGUACUUUGAUGGUGCAGGGGUCACGGGUGAGAUGGCCAAGGUUAAGGGCGCCGGGAACUACCUCCAAGACUUAGCACAACUAUGGUGGAGAAGGACCUUGUUGGACCAAGAGCGCCGGAUCACCACUUGGGAUCAAUUCAAGGCUGCCUUGCGUCAACAAUUCGUGCCUUCCAAUGCAAGGGACGAGAUACGGACACGUUUCCGUAGGCUUCGACAAUCAGGAAGUAUCUCGGACUAUGUCCGAGAAUUCUCUUCCCUUUUACUCGAACUUGGUGAUGUUAGUGAUCAAGACGCCCUCUUUCACUUCAAAGACGGGUUAAAAGACUUUGCUCGUCUAGAAGUGAAUAGGAGGGAAGCUAACACGUUGAAUGCAGCUAUUUCUGUUGUAGAGGGACUCACGGACUACAGCGCAACUCGUCCUAACCUCCCUCACAAACCGAGAGACGGGAACAGGCCGCGUCCGAACCCCUCUCAUCAUGGACAGCCACGGACAGAUAGACCUAGUCAAGGGAGCUUCAAUGGGCCCAACCGAAAGGCCAAGCCUCCCCCGAGUCCAUGCUUCCUAUGCCAAGGACCUCACUGGGUCCGUGACUGCCCAAAACAGAAGAAGAUGAACGCAGUGACCAGCCAACCAAGCAAGGGCAAGGGCAAGGUCACCGAGGACGAAGGCCAAGCCAUCGUCGGGUCUUUACACCGCUUUGGGACGCUGUCCAAGCCAGCCAUCCCCGAGGAUGACAAGAACACCGAGACCAAGUCCAAGGGACUCCUCUACGCAGACGUAGAGAUAUACGGUAAGAUCGUUCCUGUCAUGUUUGAUACCGGUGCCUCACACAAUUUCAUGGAUGCAGGAGAAGCUAAGAGGUUGAAACUCCGAGUGGACGGGAGUGGAGGAACGGUGAAGCCUGUCAACUCGCCUGCCCAAAACGCGUCCGGCAUCGCCCGCGAUGUUCGGAUUCAGAUUGGGGAUUGGGUUGGGAAGACCGACUUCACCAUCCUCCCAAUGGACGACUUUCGGGUUGUGUUAGGACUUACGUUCUUCCGCUCCGUUAGCACGUUCAUUCCCGCAUCCACAACGACAUUGGUGAUCAUCGACAAGGACAAACCCACCAUAGUCCAACUCAAGGCUGCUCCGACCGCAUCCACCACCCUCACGGCCAUGCAAUUCAAGAGAGGAGUCAAGAACUCCGAAUCUUUCUUGGCCACCGUCCGAAACCUCAACCAAGGAGAAGAGACGGACAUGCCGGAUCAACCAGCGAUCCCGGCCGAGGUAAGGCAUGUGUUGUUUGAUUUUGCAGAUGUCAUGCCCGAGGAACUUCCCAAGAAGCUUCCCCCGAGACGUGGCAUUGAUCAUGCCAUCGAGCUGAUCCCCGGAGCUAAACCACCAGCCAUGCCUCCCUACCGAAUGGCCCCUCCCGAGCUAGCCGAACUCAAGAGGCAGCUAGAAGAUCUCUUAGAGGCCGGAUACAUCCAGCCCUCCAAGGCUCCCUAUGGCGCUCCCGUUCUCUUCCAAAAGAAGAAGGAUGGAUCCCUAAGGAUGUGCAUCGACUACCGAGCAUUGAACAAGGUAACGGUCAAGAAUAAAUAUCCUAUUCCACUAAUAGCCGAUUUGUUUGAUCAGCUCAAGGAUGCACGAGUGUUCUCCAAGCUCGACUUGAGGUCGGGAUACUACCAAGUGCGCAUUGCCGAAGGAGACGAACCAAAGACUGCGUGCACAACAAGGUAUGGUUCCUUCGAAUUCAAGGUAAUGCCCUUUGGCCUCACUAACGCUCCGGCUACAUUCUGUACCAUGAUGAACCAGCUAUUCCAUGAAUAUCUUGACAAGUUUGUUGUGGUAUAUCUAGACGAUAUCGUUGUGUACAGCCGAAAUUUGAGUGAGCAUGUAGGUCACCUUCGGACCGUUUUGAGUGUCCUCCGAGACAACGAGCUAUAUGUCAAACUCGAGAAGUGCAGCUUUGCCCAACAAGAGGUGGAGUUUCUUGGCCACUACGUUAAGGAAGGACGACUCUUGAUGGACCCGAAGAAGAUCAAGUCAAUCCGAGAGUGGGUUGUACCGAGGACUCUCCCACAGUUGCGAUCCUUCCUUGGAUUGGUCAACUACUACCGAAGGUUCAUCCUCGGUUACUCCUCGAUAGCAGCCCCUCUCUCGGACAUGUUGAAGAAGGACAGGAAGUGGCAAUGGACAGAACAAUGCCAGGCCGCCUUCGACCGUCUUCGGACCCUUGUAUCCGAAGAACCCAUCAUGGUUUUGCCCGACAUUGGCAAACCAUUCGAGGUACAUUCCGAUGCCUCCGACUUUGCAAUUGGUGGUGUUCUUAUGCAGGAAGGACAUCCCAUAGCCUACGAGAGCAGGAAGCUCAAUGACGCCGAGAAGAAGUACACCGUCCAAGAAAAGGAGAUGACGGCAAUCGUCCAUUGUCUUCGGACAUGGAGGCACUACCUUCUCGGGUCAUCAUUCGUGAUCAAGACCGACAAUGUGGCAACGAGUUACUUCCAAACGCAGAAGAAGCUCAGCCCUAAGCAAGCCCGAUGCAUGGCGCAAUUCUCGCACAACCUCCACAAGAGCGAGUCAACCGGCAAAUCUCCCUUCGAGAUUGUGAUGGGACGCCAACCGACCACACCCAGCGGUCUAUCCCUCACCUAUGAUGGUCCUAGUCCAGCAGCCCACACCUUUGCAAGGGAAUGGCAAGAAGAAACCGACCAAACUUGGAUUUGGUUGCACAAAGCGGCUGCAAGGAUGAAGAAGUUCGCGGACAAGAAGAGGAGACCAAUGGAGUACAAUGUAGGAGACCAAGUCAUGGUGAAGAUCAUCCCACACCAUUUCCUCAAGAUGCGGACUCUUCACCGAGGCUUGACCCGCAAGUUCGAUGGACCAUAUCCGAUCAUUGAGAAGAUCGGAAAGAUGGCCUACAAGCUACAACUUCCGGAGCGGAUCAAAAUUCACCCCGUGUUCCACGUAAGUCUUCUAAAGCCUUAUAAAGCUGAUCCUUCGGAUGUUGAUAGAAACAGGUCCAAGAGAGCUCCCAUUCCUUCCACGGCCCAAUACACAAAGGAGGCCGAGAUGAUUCUUGACCGCCGACCAAUAAGCAAACAAGGGGCAAGGUACCGAGAGUACUACAUCAAGUGGAAGGGGCUGCCCGACUCUCAAAACAGUUGGGAAAAGGAGGAAGACCUUUGGCAAUUCGCGGACAUGAUCCGUGAGUUCAACACCGAACACGACUAG